AUGGCACCAUCAAUCUCCUACCAAUGCGAAUAUCUGAGCAUCAACCAUAAAAAUGUCGAAAAUUUGGAUUCUACUGAUGCUUUCGAAGGUCCAGAAAAAUUGCUCGAAAUAUGGUUAUCACCAAUUGAAAACUUGCCAAAUAAUGGCUUCAGAUGCAUUCCUCUUAACCAGGUGGAAAGCUUGUUAGACGACAUCAAUUGCAAAAUCUUGUCCCAAAUCUCUUCUGACAAUAUGGACGCGUACUUACUUUCCGAAUCUUCCUUGUUUGUCUUCAACAAUAAGAUCAUCUUAAAAACUUGUGGAACAACCACCACUUUGUUGUGCAUUGAGAAGCUAUUUAAAUUGGUUAAAGAAUAUUUGCAAUGGGAUUUGACCAAAUUCCCUGCUUUCAAAGUGUUUUACUCUAGAAGGUCAUUCAUGUUUCCUCAAAAGCAAGUGGAAUUGCACCAAAACUGGAAUAACGAGGUUGAAUAUUUGGAUAAAUAUUUCCCUGGAGGUGAUUCCUAUAUUGUUGGUAAAUCUAACAAAGACCAUUGGCAUUUGUUUACUUCUGGUGUUGGUUUCAUCAACGCUAAUAAUUUGCCAGUAAAUUCGAUUAUUGCUUCGGACGUUGCUAAGAAGAAAUUGAUUUCAGAAUUUAAAGAUGAAACAUUUGAAAUUUUGAUGACAAGGCUAUCAGAUGAAGUGACAACUGUAUUCAACACCCAAAAAUUCUUAUCAAAAUGCGGGAUCGAAACUGUUAAUGGAGAAUUUGACGGUCACAAGAUCGGAGAAAUUACUUUUAAAGAAUCGGGCUUAGCACACUUGUAUGAGAUUGAGGGAAGCCAUGAUAUCAAAAGUAAUUGUUUCAGCUUCAAUCCAUGUGGUUUCUCAUCUAAUUCUAUUGUUGAUAAUUCGAGUUACUACACCUUGCACAUUACACCUGAAUCUGGAUGGUCAUAUGCUAGUUUCGAGACGAAUGUUAAUCCUUAUGAAUUGAACACCAACAACUUGGAAGUCUUGAAGAAGAUUUUGAAGAUAUUUCAACCAGGCUGCUUUUGCUUCACUAUUUUCGAAUUGAAAGAUGAAUUCAACUCCAGACUUGGGAUGAGUGGUAAGCAAGACGAUACUAAUAACAGUUUCAAGUUGUUGAAGAAUGUGGAACUCAAGGGUUAUAAAAGGGUGGAAAAGAUCAUGUAUGAUAUUGACGAGUAUAAAUUGCUUUAUGUUAAUUUUGUUAAGAUCUGA